UGCAUCCUCCGGAAAGUGGGAGUCACAUCCGGGCAUUUUGACCGUGCUUUGCGAGAAGCGAACUUUGAUUUGGAACAUGUACUCGGGCUGCGACAGAUAACGGGUCACGAGCCCCCGUCUCCCCGAGAACAAAAGUACAGAAAAGUACGGACAAGAACGCAUAUUGAGAAACGCUGAUUGAGAAACGGCUCGAGAUAAACGGCCCCUGUGAGCCGAGAGAACGCGGAAGUGACUUUGUAAAGGGGGAGGGGCUUCUUCACGCUCUGUUCACGGCUCCGGUUCAUGCGUGGAAAUGCGAUCGCUGUUGCGAACUUUACGCGAAGUUCGACACUGCGCAACGUACUCUACGAUGGCCAAAGACGUGGGCUCGGAGCUCUCCGUCCCGGUGCCAUGGGGACAUAUCAGGGGGAAAGUCUGGGGUCUUGACCACGGCCGCCCCGUGCUGUGCCUGCACGGCUGGGCUGACAACUGUGGCACAUUCAACACCCUCAUUCCCCUUCUACCCAAAGAGUGCAGAUACGUGGCGAUGGAUCUGUCGGGUCACGGCCUGUCAUCGCAUCUUCCUCCCGGAGAGUCCUACUCCUGUCCUACAUACGUGAUGGACGUACGGCGAGUUGUAGACGCCCUGCAGCUGAGGACAUUCUCCCUCAUCGGCCACAGCAUGGGUGCUGACAUCGCUGCAAUGUUCAGUGCUCUGUACCCUGAGAUGGUGGACGCCCUCGUGCUUCUGGACUCCUUCGGAUUCCUACCGACAGAUUCAAAAGAACUUCCCGAAGUGGUGAGGCAGGGGAUGGAGGAGAUGCUCCAGUUGGAGAAAAAGACCAAAGAAGAGAAAAGAGUGUACACCCAUGAGAAGGCAGUCGAGAGGCUGUUGGCUGCAAACCCGACUCUGACUGAACAGUCGGUGCACGUCCUGUUAGAGCGAGGUCUAGUUCAAGUGGAAGGAGGAUUCAAAUUCUCUAGAGACCUACGCAUUUAUUCUAAAAACACAUGGCGCAUGAGUUUGGAGCAGAGCCUGGAGAUGCAGUCGAGGGUUCGGGCCUCUGUUCUCCUUGUUCUAACCGAUAAAGGCUUCAGUAGAUCAUUUUCCGAACCAUCUCAAAGGAAGUUUAACUCGACUCUCCUCCGGAGCUUAAAGGACCGAAACCACACGGUGGUGACGGUACCAGGCGAUCACCACGUUCAUCUGGACGAGCCUGAAGUCGUCGCGCCCAUCGUGUCAGACUUCCUGCGGAACAGAGCGCCGUCCCAGUCCAACAACGUACAGCAAAAGUUAUGAGAUACGAACACACUGGCAGCUUUUAGUUCUUUUGUACUGUACAGAAGUCUUCAUCUUCACUGUGAGCCAAUGUGCUCUCAGCUUUGUCUUCUUUCAUGUGUUUGUCAGAAUCAGAGUUUUUUUAGGGUUUAAUUUUUUUUGUUUCAAACAUUUCAAACAUGCUCCUUUCAAUUAAAAAAACGAAACUAACAACAACAACAACA